UCUUCGUCGCAGCUUUUCUCUUCCAUUAUUAGCUUCUUCUUCUUCUUCUUCUUCUUCUUCUUCUUCUUCUUCUUCUUCUUCUUCUUCUUCUUCUUCUUCUUCUCACUUGACACAUCAACUCAUGUAGAUUGAAAGAUAGCUAGCAUUAAUUAGUUCGGUACCUGGACGUUUAAGAUUCCAUCAUCAUGCGAGAAUCAUCCGCGGGAGGAGGAGGGGAUCCGGUGAAUCUAUCGGUCAACGGGCAGUCGCAGGUGCCACCUGGAUUCAGAUUCCACCCCACCGAGGAAGAGCUCCUCCACUACUACCUCCGCAAGAAGGUCGCCUCCGACAGGAUCGACCUCGACGUCAUUCGCGAGGUCGAUCUCAACAAGCUCGAGCCCUGGGACAUCCAAGAGAGGUGCAAGAUAGGUUCGACGCCGCAGAGCGACUGGUACUUCUUCAGCCACAAGGACAAGAAGUACCCGACGGGCACCCGAACCAACCGGGCCACGGCGGCCGGGUUCUGGAAGGCUACGGGGAGGGACAAGAUCAUAUACAGCAGCUACAAGAGGAUUGGGUUGAGGAAGACGCUGGUUUUCUACAAAGGUCGGGCUCCUCACGGCCAGAAGUCCGACUGGAUCAUGCACGAGUACCGCCUUGACGACGCUGCAUCUACGGACACCACCACCACCGCUUUCAUCAUCUCUUCCCCUGGAUUGAAUCACGUUGGUGGCAACUACAUAAUCGGAGGAGGAGAUCAAGGAGGCUCGGAAGAAGGUUGGGUGGUCUGCCGCGUAUUCAGGAAGAAGAACUACCAAAAAAGCCUAGAGAGCCCCAGAUCCGGUUCCUCCUCCGCCAACAACAACAACAACAACCUUCACCAUCACGCAUCACACAUCAUCAUGACGCCACCACCCGCCAGGUGCGGCGGCGACGACGACAACGGAGUCCUCGACCAAAUACUCACCUACAUGAGCAAGCAGCAGCAGCAGCACGACUGCAAGGCCGAGAACUCCUUCGCCAACAACACUAGGUUCAUGCAUCUGCCGCGGCUGGUGGCCGAUUACGAAAACCAACAACAACACUACCACCAGCAAUCAUUCGGCGACGUGACAACGGAGAAUAAUAAUAAUAAUAAUAAUGUUAAUAAUAAUAAUAAUAAUAAUGAAGCUUCCUGCUGCACCAACCACGGCACCGGCUUUGAUGCGACAGGUUCGGGUCACGACAACAAACAUGGAAGGGUGAUGAUGAUGUCGUCGCAGCAGCAGGUGGUAAAUGACUGGACUGCCCUCGACCGUCUCGUUGCAUCCCAGCUCAACGGCCACCUCCACGACGAGGUUGACCUGCUCAACGACGGCGACGACGAUGACUUCAUCGACGGUGGCGACGACGACGGUGGUCGUAUUGGUCAUCAUCAUGGUGUUGGUAGUGGCAUGCAUGUGGAUCUCUGGAGUAAUUUCGGCAAGUCGGAAACUUCUCCGUCGUCAUCAUCAGACCCAUUAUGCCACUUGUCGGUUUGA